GAAUGUGAGUUAAGUAAUCAUUGACGACCCGAUAAAAGAUUAGGUUUUCCAUUACUCAAAAACAAAAAUCGCAACAACUACGCUGUGAUUCGAGAGAAAUUUUACAAUUCGGCUUAACAAUUAAAGCAUGCUUAAACAAAACCAAAGAAAAUCAAGUGAAAUCUAAAAUGUCCUGAGCUUCGUAAAAGGAUUGCUUCAGUUAAAUAAAAGUGGCAGAAAGCUAGGUGACGAUUGGGAUUAUGUUACGAACUUUCGGUAGCUGCUGGAAAUGGCAGAGGGCUCCAAAUUUACGACCGCAUAGGGUCUGCUCGGCAAAAAGCUGGCCAGUUUGCACCGGUAAACCAGCAACGUUAGUUACCAGAGAAUACCGGCAUAAAUGGAAGAAAGUGCCGACUGUUUUUAACAGCUUAGAAACCGGAAUCGGGAGGCUUCCGGGUGUACGAUGGUCGAUCUCGGAAAAGUGUAGUGAUGCAAUUGUGCGUGAAUUUAGUAGUAAAGUUAGAGAUAAGAACACCGAACCAGCCAAAGGUUUCCUGCGGGCCGUGAUAGAGAGUCCAUAUGCAAGACUUAUGAGGAUAGAUAGGCCGAUUGGUUCCUGGUUGUUGUUUUGGCCAUGUGGGUGGAGCAUAGCAUUAAGCGCUCCAGCCGGUUGCUGGCCGGAUCCGCUAAUGCUUGCCAUAUUUGGAACAGGAGCGUUCAUAAUGCGCGGCGCUGGUUGUACCAUAAACGACAUGUGGGACAGAGAUAUCGAUGCAAAAGUAGCUCGAACUAAAGGCAGGCCUUUGGUUGCCGGCGAACUAAGUCAAUCGGAUGCGUGGGUAUUUCUGUCGGCCCAACUAGGUUUGGGCUUGCUAAUUCUACUACAGUUGAAUUGGUACUCGCUGGUGCUUGGAGCAAGUUCGUUGGGUCUAGUCAUCGUAUACCCCUUGAUGAAACGGGUUACCUAUUGGCCACAGCUAAUGCUGGGAAUGACCUUCAACUGGGGUGCCUUGCUGGGAUGGAGUGCUACUCAGGGUUCUGUACUUUGGUCAGCCUGCUUACCUCUUUACGUUGCCGGUGUGUGUUGGACCAUUGUGUAUGAUACGAUCUAUGCUCAUCAGGAUAAAGUGGAUGACAUCUUGCUGGGUAUAAAAUCGACCGCUAUACGAUUUGGCGAUAGCACAAAGCUCUGGCUGAGCGGAUUUUCAACGGCUAUGAUCGGUGGCUUGAUUACAGCUGGAAUGGUUUGUGGACAAACUUGGCCGUAUUAUUCGUCACUAGGAAUCAUUUCUGCGCAUUUGGCACAUCAGAUCUUCUCGCUAAACAUUGAUAAUCCGACGGAUUGUGCGACCAAGUUUAUCUCCAACCAUCAAGUUGGGUUGAUUUUGUUCUUGGGAAUCGUUUUGGGCACUCUGUACAAAGGUUAUGGUUUGAGCAGCAGUGCAGCACCGGCACUUGCCGGUACCAGUGCUACCUCGGUAUCGCCGUCCUCAUCAGCGCUACUCAUGAGUGCGUCGGCUAGCAGUCAAACCGUUGGUUCCAGUCAACCACAACAUGCCACAACCGGACGGAAUGUGGUUCUUCGAAACUAGUGCGAAAACCAUGGUGAAAUGAUAAUUGUGACAUACAUACUUUUAGGCGAUUACUUUAACCGUGUCGUAAAAGUGGGAAGAGGCUGACGGUAAGAAUUGUGAAAUAAAUUUG